GAUGUUUGUUCGAGAAGAAACUCUGUCCGAGAGACGAGUUCUGCAACGACGAUGGGUUGUUUGGUCAGUGCCGGUCUCCUCACCAGGACCCGGUCCAGUACCAGGUGUCCGUCCCCGUCCUCCACAAACUGCAGGACGUCCUCAAAGACCUGAUGGUCCAAGGUCUGUCCUGGAAGGACGACGUGACCCAGGACGUCAUCAGCCGAGAGCUGAGCCACGUCCCCACCGCAGACCGGUCCUGGUCCGGACCCUCGGAGAAGACGCCCCCCCGGCAGUCCUCCAGGUUCCAGGACCAGCGGAGGGUCCAGGGUCAAGAAGACGGGACCCAUACCAUGCAGCAGUAUGUGGACUACAUGAUCCUGGACCCGCCUCGGUCCUCGGUCCACAUGCAGACGCCCCUGCUCGACCCCUACUCCUACCAGCAGCGUCGCUAUGGUUACCAGGAGGAGGAGGAGCGCUCCCUCAACUCCCUGGACGAUAGCCCUGCCUUCCCGCUGCUCUCCACCUCCCCUCGGUCCAGAUCGGACCAGCAGCUCCUGCAGGACCUGGUCUCCUUCUACCUGACCUCCCCUUCCUCCUCUUCCUCCCCUUCCUCCCCUUCCUCCCCUUCCUCCCCUUCCUCCUCCUCUUCCUCUUCCCGUCACAGGGGGGCGUCCCCGUCCUCGUCCUCCUCGUCCUCGUUCUUCCUCCCAGACCUGGACUUCCCCCUGGACUACAGUGAGGACUACAUUUCCCAGGUGGCUCAGCUCCGCCAGCAGCAGCAGCAGGAGGAGAAGAAGAAGAAGAAGGAAUACGAGGCUUUGGACGGACUGGACGAACGUUCCCUGCACAGACUGGCUCUGCUGCUCCAGAACUACGGCCUGGAUCUGAAGGAUCUGUCUCCAGAGCAGAAGCAGAAGCUGCCGGCGGCGCUGAAACAGCUGCAGAUGGACUCGUCCUACAUCCACAAACCAGACAAAGUUAAAUAUGGAAACAGCGCCACCACAGGACGGAAGAUCUCAGAGGGAUCGAUGGCGUACAAGGCGGGCAUUGUCCAAGCCCCGCCCCCAGACGCCAAGACCACUGAACUGGCCGAGGCUGAGGAGAAGACAGCUAGCCCCGCCCCUGAGUCCAAGGCUGGACCGAGAGCGGAGAAAGUGGACGAGACGGACAAGUACGGGUACAUAGUCUCCAACCAAAGUGUGGUCGCACCUGCCGUCACCUUCAGGAUCAGACCCAACGCCAACAACCUGACAGCUGGAGACGGAGCCCCCAAAGCUGUGGCGGAGAAGAACUUUUUGGAGGCGGAGACGGGCCUGAAGGUGCUGCAGAGCGGCGUUGGACAGAUAGAUGAUGUGAAGGCGUUGCCCCUGGCGACCCCGGUCCAGCCUCGCUCCCGCUGGGUCUUCGCCACGCUGGUUGCCGCGGCGUGCAUCGGCAGCGUCCUGGUGGCAGCCAUGACCAUCGCCUGCCUGCGUCACCACGCCCACCGGCUGGCGGCCAAGAAACUGGGACUAGGGCCUGAAGGAGGCGGCUUCACCCACCAGGAGUACCAGGACCUGUGUCGUCAGCACAUGGCGUCCAAAGGCGCCUUCGGACGACUGGAGGCGGCGGCACUGGGCGCCGUGGGAGGAGCCGGCGGCAGCGGCGGGGGAGGAGGAGUUAUCACAGGAGGAGUCGGAGCGGGAGGCGGCGGGAUGAUGCUGGGAGGAGCCACGGGAGGCGUGGCAGCGGUCGGAGGAGGAGGGGGGGGGGCAGAGUCCAGGGUGAGCAGCGUUUCGUCCCAGUUCAGCGACGGCGCUCAGCCCAGUCCCACCUCCCACAGCAGCACGCCGUCCUGGUGCGAAGAGCCCGCCCAGGCCAACAUGGACAUCUCCACCGGUCACAUGAUCCUGGCCUACAUGGAGGACCACCUGAGGAACAAGGACCGUCUGAUGAAG